AAACAACUCUGACUGCUCCUGUGUGAAGGUUGAAAACUCUAGACAGCAUUUUUCUGUGUUGGUAAAAACAACCUUUUGACAGUUUUUCAAGGGAAUGGAGAUGAAACUUCCAGAAGAUCAGGUAAACUCUGUGUUGGCUCCAUGGAGGUUUUCUUGGCAAUCAAGUGGAUUUAAGAAUAGACUUGUGACAGCGCUGGAACUUUAUGAACACUUUCCAUUAGAUAUCAUGGUCACUGGAGGAACUAAGUCAGCAAAUGCAAGGCUCGCUUCUGCUGUCUGUGGAUUGAAAGGUGAACAAGAAGAAGAAGAGGAGGAGGAGGAAACCGAUGAAGACAAAGACAGUGAUGAGCAAGAGGAUGAUGAUGAGGAAGAUGGUGGAACAAGCAUUAACCUAUCUCCUAAGGUCAAUGUUGAGAGAAAACCACUUGUGAGAUUUCGAGAUGACUUUGCAGAAGAUGGUCCUGACUCUGAUCCAGUGCUUUUUCAUCCUCAAAUACCCAAUGUCCGCAUUUUGACAGUCCAAGGAAGUUCUUGUCCUGCUCAGGACAGCUAUGAUGUAUUGGUGGUCCUCACAACGGAGUUGCACCAGGAGGACCAUAUGAGGAUCAUCAUGGAGCAAUGUGAGAAGAAAAAGCCUGUGUAUCUGGUUGAAGCUGAGCAAGAAAUGGAUCUUGUUCAUAAAAUGCUGGCUGGUCCCUGCAAGACCUGUGCAUGGGAACGAAUGAGAGCUCGCACUUUGGAGCUUCAGAAGAAACACAAGGCAGAAUUUGAAUCAGCAGAGAAUGCAGAGCACCAACACACUUCUCAAGGUUCUCUUUCUCUACACCAACGUAUUAAGCUGUGGGAGCCGGAAGAGAUUGCAGGAGUUCUGGUGGAAGCUAUACCUGAAUUGCGCAAGAAGGCUUUCAGUCAGUUUUUGGUGGAUCUCACAAGAGAACUUGGAGGCCAAAAAACAGAGUGUUAUGGUACAGGACCCCUGGCAAGAUCUGCUUUUAAACACAGCAAGAUAAGCCAGGAAGACCUAGGCAGAAUUUCUGAGACCUUUCAAUCCCAGGAUCUCACUGAUGUACCGUCCAAACUGCUGUCCAUUUUCAAUGCCCUGGAGUACUUCCGACUAGAUGUGGGUCUACUCGGGGAGACAGGUUGUGGCAGCUCCAGCCUGUUCAACUGCCUCCUGGACCUGAAGGAUGGGGACAAGGGAGCAUCCCCUAUUGGGGUCUUUGAAACAACAAAGAAGCCUGUGACACAUCCGUACUCAGAAUACCACAAUGUUCUUCUGUGGGACCUCCCAGGCUUGGGAAGCGUGGAAGAUUUUAAGCCUGAAUUUUCUGGCUCCACAUUGCACCAAGUGCCUCCAAUACCUCCCUGUGAUGUCUACAUCCUGUUAUCACCCCUGAGGCUCAAUCUGGGGUACAUCCAGUUGUUGAACCACCUUUUGAAGCAGGGAAAAACUUGCUAUCUAGUGCUGUCUAAGGCUGAUCUGAUUCAGGAGAAAUCAACUGAAGAAGUGAGGAGAUGGAAUGAGGAGAUUUUGGAUAAACUUGGUCUGAAACAGAACAUCUAUCUGGUCUCUGCACUCCAUCCAGAGACCUUGGAUUUGCCCAAACUGAGAAAGACCUUCAGUGAUGCACAAGAAAGCCAUAAGAGAGUCGCACUGGCCAAUUAUUUGGAAAAACUAUUGGAGCAGGAUGUGUUUUGGAAGAGGGCUGACUUUUGCAAAAUAAACUGACUUCCUGCAAUGAGUUAUCUUUACACCACUUUAAAAUGGAGAUUUUCAUGCAAAGUCAUGGCUCUUCAUACUGUUAAUUUGAUAAAAAUCUCUGCUGCACUGUAUAAACAAAUGAAAUUCUCUUUAGUAAAACAAUUUUGUUAUCAUGUUAGGAGUUUGUGUACCGGAUCUUCCGGGUAUGUGUGUUUGCAGUAGAACUUCAGAGAUGCCUAAUAUCUACAGUUUUACUAAAGCUUUUAUAAUUUUGCCCUCUUGCCAUGAUGAUUUGAGAGACACCUGAAUCUGACUGGGUUCAAGAGAAAAUUGUUUGUCACCACCCUCAGGAGACUGUGAGUUCAAAUCCAUGAUGAUAGCACAUCCUUCCAUAGCUGGGAGCCAAGUGAGCAUAGUUGGCCGUGCUCUCGACCACAGUGACACUCGCCAAUUGUGGGUGUCUGUGAGGUCAUGUGUCCAGAAGUUGGCAAAGAGCAGAAAGCACUUCUUCUGGAGUGUAUUCUGCUGCCCUGUGACAAAGCAUGAGCAGCAGUUUGAAAAGAUGCAGCUGGUGGACUUCGCAUAUCUUCAGUGAAGCACAUUACAUUUAGCUGUUUGAUUGAUUCUAAAUCCAAACAUUGUAUGUCGAUCCUGCAACCGAGAUACUGACCUCUUCUGCUCCUCGGACCUGCCUGAUCCAUCCUGAUGCCCUACAUCUGGCUGAAGUCUCAUCGCAUUGCCCCUGUGGAG